CCCAAUAGCGGUGGCCACGCAGUGAUCGGCUUCUACUUCGCUCGCGAACUUCUCGGCGCCGGCCAUGAGGUCAACAUACUUACCGUCGGAGAUGAGAGUUCCGAAAAAAUGAAGAAGCCGCCCUUCACGAGAUUCUCAGAGUUGGUCAGUGCUGGCGCUCGGACGGUUUGGGGUGAUCCCGCCGAUGUGGGUAAGGUUGUGGGCUCGGCCGCUUUCGAUGUGGUGUUGGAUAAUAAUGGCAAGGAUUUGGACUCUGUGAAGCCUGUAGCUGAUUGGGCUAAAUCUUCAGGAGUCAAACAAUUUCUCUUCAUCAGCAGUGCUGGCAUCUAUAAGGCAAGUGAUGAGAUCCCACAUGUUGAAGGGGAUCCUGUUAAAGAUGAUGCAGGUCAUGCCGCAGUGGAGAGAUAUAUUGCAGAUUUAUCUUUUAGUAGCUGGGCAAUAUUCCGGCCCCAGUACAUGUUAGGAUCUGGUAACAACAAGGAUUGUGAGGAGUGGUUCUUUGACAGAAUUGUCCGCGGAAGACCGGUUCCAAUUCCUGGAUCAGGGAUGCAACUAACCAACAUCUCACAUGUGAGGGAUCUAUCCACCAUGCUUUUCCUUGCCGUUACUGACCCCGUUGCCUCUUCUCAUAAAAUUUUCAACUGCGUGAGCGAUCGGGCCAUCACUUUCGACGGAUUGGUCAAGCUUUGUGCGCAAGCAGCUAGUCUCGAAGCCAAAAUUGUUCACUAUGAUCCCAAAUCUGUAGGAGUUGAUGCGAAGAAGGCGUUUCCUUUUCGCAACAUGCAUUUCUACGCAGAGCCGAGGAAAGCGAAAGAGAUACUUGGAUGGAGGAGCACCACCAAUCUUCCCGAAGAUUUGAAGGAGAGGUUUGAUGAAUAUGUGAGCAUUGGAAGGGAUAAGAAGCAGUUACAGUUUGAUAUUGAUGACAAGAUUUUGGAAUUUCUCAAAGUAGCAGUGGCAGUGUGAGCAUGUUUGUUUGUUUUUUUGCAUUUACUGAUGUCCAU